CCAACAGAUUCCAUGAUCUACCUGAAUAGCAAGACCAGCAUAAAACAGCUAGGUUGGCAUGGGGAUCAGUGCAGUAUAACCGUGUCCAAGUUGCUAAUUAGAAAAAAAAAAUGGUUCGACCGUACCUGCACUGCUUCUGGAUACUGAUGGCACUAAACUGCUGCUGGAUCCAGCCUUCGCCGGUUGGUGCAGCCCCACAAAAAGCUGAAGAAUUUUCCCGUUCUGUGGGUAUCGAAAUGACGGCCAGUCAGCACAGAGAAUGUGUAGCCGAAACCGGCGUCAGUGAGGAGUCCAUAGCUCGGUUCAACGGACCGGAAAUAUUCGAGGAUGACGAGAAACUCAAAUGCUACAUGGAUUGUAUGUUCCGCAAGUUUGGUGCAACCAAACCGGAUGGCGAAGUUGACAUGAUUGAGGUUUAUCACAAAGUUCCAAGGGAACUGAACUCAGUUGCGUUAAUAGUUAACAACAAGUGCCGUGAUGCAAUUCAAGGUGCCAAUCUGUGUGAGCGGGCGUUUUCGCAUCAUAAAUGUUGGAAACAGAUGGCGCCAGAGCACUACUAUUUGUUCUAAAUAAUAAAUUAUCAAAAAUAAAGCGAAUAAACAAACAGGGCGUAAUUUUUUAGUUUUAAGACAGAAUAAAUGUUUGUAAUACAUUUGCCAUAUUCACAAAAGAAGUGUAUCAACAUAUUUCAAAAAGUUAUUCAUUGGAUAUAGUUUCAAGUAAGUACAUAGUACAAUUUGUACAAAUUUCCGGCAAGCUUGCUUUGCUGGUUUCGUUCCAAGUAUUCUCUUAUCCCAUGAAAGUUAGUAAAACAUGAAGUCAACUUUUUUAUCAUAAACGGAGCAGUAGGAAGCGAGUGUUGUUUUAGAGGAAGAAUUUGCAGUUUGAGAGUUUCAAUGGAACACUAAUCAGAUGAACUUACCUCCUCUGACUUCACAAGUCAGUAUCAGAUUUUCGUCCUCUUGGAGAGGGCCUAUCGCUCCAGCAACGUCUCGACCAGAUGCAUCGUAAACCAAUAUUUGAUGAGGAGGAACUGGAAGACCAAAAUGUGGAAAUAACAGUUAAUACAACGACAAAAACGUGGCGAUCUUGAUUCUCAAAAAAAAAAAAAAAAAACAAAUAUAGACUGGCCGAAAUGUCUGUAAAACCUGCGCACUUUCGAAUUGGUACACUUCCAACCGGCAGCAGAUCAAAAUCGGUUUAACUUAGAAAAACGUGUUGCAAGAAGCUCAUUUAUUACAUUUUGUAGGAAAAUAAGACGGAGUGUUAUAGAAAAUCGUAUGCUUUCAUACAUAUUUUGAACUAAAAAAGUUGUUUUCGCUUAAAUUUUAGUUCGACAAAUACGCAUACGGGCUAGCUUACGGGUAAACAAAUAGUACUGGAAUACAACAAACCAAUGUUUUCACCCAUUAUAAGAUUAAUAAUCAUGGCUUGAAAGCUGUGUAUACGUUAAAUGACAAAAUUGGUAGGAUGUGUUUCAAUAGCGUAUAACAUCUAAAGAAAUCUUUUAAUAAAACAGAAUCUGCUCAGAAGUGUUUUAUCUGAGGGGAUUAGAAGUAAA